AUGAAGUGGGCCGAUUAUAAAGAUGCAGCGGGUGAAACAAAUUUGGACGAUUUUACGUCAGAAAUGGUGCGAAAGGCUAGUGGUGUAAUGUACGCCCCACUGGGCGUUUCAAAGCCAACGAAAUGGGAAGACAACAGAACCCGAGGAACUGUAACAAAAUCGAAAUCGAGUUUCCAUCAUAGUGACAACGAUAACAGAAACAAUAACCAACGCAGGGAGAAGGUAUGCCCCGUCUGCGAAAAAUCUGGCCACGAUACGGAGCAUUGCGAAUUUCGUCAUCUAAAGGGUCUGCCUGUUGAGGAUUACGUCUCAGCUCGUCCACAAAUUCUAAUCGGCCUCGAAAAUGUUUACCUGGGAACCUCUUUGAAAGUUCGGGAGGAAGCUCGAGACCAUUCAACUGCUACUAGAACAAGGCUUGGAUGGUGCGUAUACGGUGGUAAUCUAGCAGGACAUAACAGCAAUUAUCAUCAUGUUCAUCACGGUGAUGUGAAUAGUAAAGAUCACGCAAUGUUUGAUAUGGUUGAAGAGUUCAUUAUGGUUGAUAACCUGGGAGUCAUAGCAAGCGCAACGCUAGAGUCUCAAGAGCAACAGCGAGCACGCUCAAUACUGGAAUCCACUACUCGUCGAAUAUCUACAGGGUUUGAGACGGGCUUGCUCUGGAAAACUGACGAAAUUAGCUUGCCAGAUAGCUACCCUAUGGCUGAAGCACGUUUACGUUGCUUGGAAAGAAAAAUCUAUAAAGACCCGAAGCUUGUCGAUCGGAUCAGAAAUAACAUAGCCGAUUAUAUAUUAAAAGGAUAUGCGCACAAAACAACAACCGAAGAAAUCGCCUCUGCUGAUCCGGGAAAAGUCUGGUACUUGCCACUUGAUAUUGCUACAAACCCCAAAAAGCCGGAAAAGCUGAGAUUGAUUUGGGAUGCAUCUGUUCAGGUCCAUAAUGUUUCCUUCAACUCGAUGAUGCUAAAGGGGCCUGACCUUCUCGCGUCGUUGCCUGCAAUCCUCUAUCAAUUUCGAUCUCGUCUUGUAGCAAUUUGUGGUGAUCUGAAAGAGAUGUUUCACCAGAUUAAAAUUAGAGAAGAAGAUAGAUCAGCACUACGGUUCCUUUGGAGAAACAACCCAUCUGAGAAACCCACCAUCUACACUAUGGAUGCUGCUACUUUUGGUUCUGCUUGUUCGCCUUGUUCUGCUCAGUUCGUAAAGAAUCUGAAUGCCUUCGAGCAUGAACAACAAUUUCCAGCUGCCGUCGAAGCUAUAGUGCAUGGCCAUUAUGUUGACGAUUUUCUGGAUAGUAAUGACAACGCAGAAGAGGUUAUACAGCUCGUACGAGAAGUGAAGUUUGUGCAUCAGCAAGGAGGUUUUGAAAUUCACAAUUUCUUGUCGAAUUCCAAUUACGUUCUGGAACAAAUUGGCAGCGGUAACGUCCCCGAAGCAAGAGAUUUGAAUAUAUCUACCCUAACAGAAUCAUAG